CACUCCCCUUGAAACAUCAGCCUGUCUCCCCUCUACUCGUUUCUCUCUCUAACCCACCUUCUGGGUAGUUGGUUCAUCUGCGCUUUUCACACCCAUUCUCUCCCUCCCUCCCUCCUCUUUUAUUCAUUUCUCUCUCUCUCUCUCUCUCUUAUUUAAACAAAUCUCUCUCUCUGUUUAACACUUUGAUGAUUUGUCUUUCCACGUCUCUCUAAAGCACUCCACAUUUCACUACUCUUCUCUCAUCCCCUCUCCUUACUGCCCCUCUAUUUAACUCUUCUCCUUAAGCCUUACCACGUCUCCCUAUCCCCUACACUUAACAUUAUUUCUCUUUCUCUCUCUUCUAAGCUACUCUCUCUUUUCCUAGGCCUACACCAUAUCCAGGUUUCUCUCUCUCAAUACUUUGCUCCCAACAGUGCCUUCUCUCUCUCCUGUCUCAUCCCUGUUACGCGGACUCCCUCUAAGAAACUUCACUAUUCUCUUACCAAAUCCUCUCUCUAGAUUUUCUCUCUCUAGCUCUUGAAAAACUCUCUCCCUCCCUCCCUCCCUCUACGGCCCAUAUCUUUAUUUCCAUCCUCUCUCCUCCCAACCCCCACCAUUUUCCCGCAACAAGACCCUCCUUUCUCUCUUUAAACCCAGUCUUCAAUGGCUAAUAGUGAGAGAAAGCGCUGCAGAGAAGAGGAAGAAGGAGAGCCAACAGGCUCACCAAAGAGAGCAUGCUUCAGCGAUAUUCUCUCUCUCCUCGAAGCCGACGAAGACGAACCAACAGAGGACCUUCUCUCUCCUGUUAUACACACUCUUCAGCAAGAGCUCUCCUCCUCGCCCGAACCUGCACCCGAACCUAACCCCAUCCCUCUCUCCGCCCCAUCACCGUUCAUCUUAGAAGAGGACGAAGAAGAAGGGAAGGUGAUGAGAUACCUUCUAGAAGCCUCGGACGACGAGCUGGGCAUUCCCCCUAGCCCCCCUCUGCACCAGGAGCUAGAGAGACAAGAGAAAGAGGAAAGUCUAGAGAGCGAAGAGAAGGAAGGGGUAGAGAGAGGUUGGACGAGAUGCUAUGAUGGCCUGUGGGAAAUUGAGGAUGAAACCGCUAAUUACUACACCUUGUUGGAGUCUCAGCUCUGUGUUGUGGAUUAAUGGAAGUUUUAACUGUGAUUAAAACAGUUAUUUCCAUGUUUAUAUGUUGUUUUUGUAAAUUUUCUAACUCCCAAACAAGGCCCUGCGCAAAACUUUAGCUGGACCUGGUUUUGACAACAUAGUUAAGGAAAAAAAGAAUUUGGUUCUUCUACUCUGCUC